AUGACCCAUCUUUAUCAAGUCGCAAAAACCUUGAGGAUCGGUACGGACAAGGUCCUGGCGGUUCGCACACUCUGGUAUGACAAGCAGGAGUUGUACGAGACCAACGGGAAGGGGCAAGGCAAGGCCAACAGCGUCGACGACGGGCGACGUGUCAUCACUAAGGAGCAAGAGGAUGGACUGAACGAGUUCACCAAGGGCGAGCACGAGGCGGGAGGUCUUCCGCCGUACCGUCAAGGAUUACUUGGAGUGUUCAUACGGAUUAGAGAUGUCAAAUCGUGCCGUGGGAAGGUUGCUGCGGCGCCUUGGUUUCAAGCGCCGUAG